AUGGCUACCAGUACUCCAACAGGCGGAACAACGAACCGCACUAGAACAACUAACUCGGCAUCUCUUGUACAGCCACCGAUACGGCCGAGGAAGAAUAAGUGGCUUCAGGAUGAUCGCAGCCACCUAAUUGGUAUCGCCCGCCGCAAAGGCGACAAAAAUCCCCUCAACUGGAACGUAGAAAUCGACCCACAAUUCGCACGCUUCGCGCCCAAAGACUGGAGUCCAGAUUUCCCUCCUCCUCCUGUGAAAAAGAAGAAGCAAAGACCGCCGAGUACGGAUUCUGAUACGUCGGGUUCUGGGAGUGAUGGGAAGAAGAAGGGAGGAGGCGUGUUGAGGAAGUUGAUGUUUUGGAAGAAGAAGAAGAAGGGGAAAGGGAGCGGGAGGGGGAGGAGUAGUAGCGUGAGUGGUGGGACGGGGACGAGGACGACGGCGAGGGGCAAUGGGGGGAGCUCGAGUAGUAGUUGA